CUUCUCCGCGCCGGGGAGCCGCGAUGGUGCGCUCCGGCCAGCUGUGCGCCGCCGAGUGAGGCGCCAGCCUGUGGGUGCUGCCGGGGGCGGUGGCGCGGAGGGGGGUACAACUGGCGGUGGCGCGGGUCGCGGUGCUCCGCUUGUGGCCGGGGGCGAAGGUGACGACGGGUCGCGAGGUGCUGGUGCUGCUGAGCAGUUCCGGGCCCGGAUCCCUUGUCUCCGUGUGUGGCGGCCCAGCUAUCGACCCCGGGUCCGCGCCAGCAGGAGCCUGGGGAGAAAUCAGCGGCGGCGCGACUGCUGGCGGCGGCCGGCUGGAUGCGAGACCUGCGUGGACCGGGCGGCGGACAGCGGUUGUCGACUCCGAGAAGCGGAUCGCCCAGCAGAGGAACCCGACCGCUCUGGCCAUGGCCUCCAACUUUAACGACAUAGUCAAGCAGGGCUACGUGAAAAUCCGCAGCAGGAAGCUAGGGAUAUUCAGACGAUGCUGGUUGGUUUUUAAGAAGGCUUCUAGCAAGGGACCCAGAAGGCUAGAAAAGUUUCCAGAUGAAAAGGCAGCUUAUUUCAGAAACUUUCACAAGGUAACUGAACUGCACAACAUCAAAAAUAUAACCAGACUGCCUCGAGAGACAAAGAAGCAUGCAGUGGCAAUUAUCUUUCAUGACGAAACGUCAAAGACAUUUGCUUGUGAGUCAGAGCUGGAGGCUGAGGAGUGGUGCAAGCACCUUUGCAUGGAAUGCCUGGGGACAAGACUGAAUGACAUCAGCCUAGGGGAGCCUGACCUACUGGCAGCUGGGGUGCAGCGGGAACAGAAUGAACGAUUCAAUGUUUAUCUUAUGCCUACACCCAACCUGGAUAUUUAUGGUGAAUGCACAAUGCAGAUCACUCAUGAGAAUAUCUAUCUCUGGGAUAUCCACAAUGCGAAGGUCAAGCUAGUGAUGUGGCCUCUUAGCUCGCUGAGGAGAUAUGGUCGGGAUUCAACUUGGUUCACCUUCGAGUCAGGAAGAAUGUGUGACACAGGAGAAGGACUAUUCACUUUUCAAACAAGGGAAGGAGAAAUGAUCUAUCAGAAGGUCCACUCUGCAACACUGGCUAUAGCUGAGCAGCACGAAAGAUUAAUGCUAGAAAUGGAGCAGAAGGCCCGGCUGCAGACAAGCUUGACUGAGCCGAUGACGUUAUCGAAAUCCAUCUCUCUUCCUCGGAGUGCAUACUGGCAUCACAUUACACGUCAGAACAGUGUUGGGGAAAUCUACAGCUUGCAAGGUCAUGGGUUUGGUUCAUCAAAGAUGUCCAGGGCACAGACAUUUCCCAGCUAUGCUCCAGAACAGAGUGAAGAGGCUCAGCCACCAUUGUCACGGUCCAGCAGCUAUGGAUUCAGCUAUAGCUCCAGCCUCAUUCAAUGACACACUGAGGCCACCACUGACCAGCAAGACAGUCUGUCUUGGACCUGCCAUGGGGUCAUUUCGUCCCAUGCUUCCUGGAAGACCAAUUGCAGUACAAUUUAACAUUGGUAGGGCCUAGUCCCAACUAGAAGGUUAAAAACUGGAGUUCUGCUUCCUUGAUUCAGUGGUUAAGUCCUUUAUUUAUUGAAUUUCUAUGGGGGAAAUCUAUGUUUUACCCCCCCAAAAAAUAGAACCCAAUAAUAUGAGCACUCAUCUAAAUAAGAAAAAUUCUUUGUGUCUGACAUUAGCAGAAGUUUUGGUACUGGGAAAUUUUUCCACUCCAGUUUGAGCCUGGCUGUCACUAACAUUUGUCCUUAAGGUUAGGUGCUUUUGUUUAGACAUAUGGCCUGUGUUUAGACAUAUGAUGACCUACUGCAAGCCCUGUGACUUUUUCAGUUUUGGCAGAAAGAAGUCAAGUGAGCUCUACAGAUGGCAUCUUUACUCUCUAUGUAAAAAUAUCCAGUGUUAAUAAUGGCGUGUAAAGUUAGAAUACUCCAUUAAGAAGGGCCCUGUAGCUUGAGUUUGUGUGUGUGUGUGUGUGUGUGUGUGUGUGUGUGUGUGUGUGUGUGUGAGUAUAGCCACGGAUAUUGCUAUAGCAACCUACAGAUAAGUAUAUAUCAUCAAUACUGAGGGUGAUAGGAUAUGCUCUCUUAAAUUAUUGAAAACUAAUUUGUUGCAUUCAAAUUGAUUGUUAUGUUGAUGUUAGAAUUUUUUUUAAAGGCCCCCUACUAGCAACAGUAUUUCUGUAGUCCGCUCGGAUCCUAUAAGGAGUAUGUGUGGAAACUCAAGAGGAAAGUGUUUUGGAAGCAGGAUAACACGCCUAGCUGUCCUGUAUGUUGGUUGUCAUAUUGUAUGUCUAGUUAGUGUUGCCUUGUUAUUGAUUGUUUCUUCCCUUGGCCAUCCAUCAGAAGUACUUGAGGAAUUGGUGUAAUAUCCAACUCCAAAUGGAGACUCCAAAAUGUUGGAGAAAGACAUAAAACUGAUCUUAAAGUAAACUCAGCCAUCAUGUAGUCAAGAGAGGAGAACAAAUGUUAUACAAAAAUAAAUGUUAGGAUUUUAAAUUUCACAGACGAAUUUCACAAAGGCCAUCAUUAUUGAGGCUUGGCAUUCACUGUGAAAUCAGAACUUACUUGGCUUUAAUUUUUUCUUAUACUGAACUUACUUGGCUGGGAUGAAAGGAGAAAAUGUUUCACUUGUAAACUUUUUUAGCUCUAAAAUAUGACAAACUACCAAGUUGGAGGGAAAAUAGGAAAUUCCACUCAAAGAGGAAAAGUCUGGCUAAUUCGGGUCAAAAUAGAAAUGUUUGCUGGGUAAAAGUAUAAAUUACUAUGCCUGACUCACCUGAUGUCAUGUGCCUAAUCCAGAUAUCUAUCAAGGAGUCCAGAUCAUAUUUAAAGAACAAAAAAUCCACGAUUAGGCAAGAGGAAAACCUGACUUUCUUUUCCAUAUUAGCAAAUGUUCUAUCAAAGUUAGUCUGUUAAAAGGAACCUUUCUCUGAUCCCCAUCAGGAUUUCCUUCAUCCUUAUCCAUAGAUGAAGAGCAGACUGACAACUCAUUUCAGUGAAUUACUACUGAGUAAAGUGUUUAUGCAUCCUUCCUUGAUAAAUGUGCACUUACUGCAACUACCUACACUCCCCAAAUCACUCAGAUAGGUAUGAAAACCCUAUAAAGACUAAUCAUACGAGUUAAUGUGGCUGUGAAAAAUAAUUACCUUAAGUCUUCAGGGAUACAAAGAAAAUUGCCCAAACUCUGCACUGUGGAUUUUGCUGACACAGCAGAAGAGCAAAUGACUGGGUCCUACUGAGGACAGAGGAUACAGCCAUUCCUGGAAUCCCACUUUUCAGGGUUAAUGCCUCUGAGUUUCUUUAACACAUGGCAUCCACUGUAGAAAUGCCAUUAGUAAAUACACCAGAGCAACUCUGAGCUGAGAUUGUUCUAGCACGGUUCCUAGUGUGGCCAUCAGAGAGAGCCUCUUGCUGGCUCACUGAGUCGAGCUGUUGCUUAGACACCACAAGUUUCUACAAGGAACUUAUGGGGAAAGGCCCUGAGGGGGUCUUGAUUCACAUCUCAGCUUUAUCAAUGUGCCAGAAGCACAGAUAGCAAGUCCAGUAGGAUUCUGCUAAUUAUGAGUCUGCUCUUGUGUCUCUUUGGUGGGAGACAAGUACUCACAUAAAGUAGCUUCACCAUUUGGUUCUGAUCAUUCACAAUGAGUUUCAUUGAGAAGGAACCAAAAGUUAUACAUAAGUUUAGGCCAGUACUUUUUUUUUUCCUAAAGAUAGUGUCAUGAAAAGAGUGUAUGAGAGACAUACCUCCUUAGUCUUUUAACCAAUCUCAUCAUACUGAGAAUAAUACUGUAAAAUAUUUCAUGAAAAACUUUUGGAGCUUUAUUCUAGCAUACUCCUCCAAGUAUACUUAAAAUUUUCAGCUAAGUCAAAACUACUCAGAAAAGCAGUAGGAGAAUUUAUAGUAGCCUAAUAUGCUUGACAUGAGGCAAUGAUUAUUGUAAUAAAAGAGACAAACAGAUGAACCUAUAUAAACCAAAGAUGAGAAGAUACUUGUGGCAGUCUCCCGUAGCCUCAUAAAACCUAUUCCACCAUAAAUGCUAGAAUGGCUGUGGGCAUGUGUUAGCUCACCUGAACCUGUAGGUUCUUGACUUAAGAUGCCUCUAUACUUUCUCAUUUUGAGGGAGAGACUACUAUGCACCAAAGACAUCUUUACGCUCCUUCUGAGUAUAACUCAGUUGGGCUUCCACUCAGAUUUAUACAGAGCUAUGAAGAUGGUUACCAUAUCAAUAUCAAGCUGAUGGAGACAAAUGAUAAAAGAGGCUGAUGUGCAUGAGAAAGUCUCCUCUCAAAGUCUGGAGGUAUACAUGUUUUUACAUAAAUAUUUGAUGAGGGAGGUUGGGUUUUUUUUUGUACCAUAGUGAUAAAUUAAUAUACAUGCAACCUGUGACACAUAACAUUGCAUCAAAUAUGCAGAAAAGUGUAAAUGAACUUGGACCACUGUUUUACUAUUCUGGUGGGGUGGGGAUUUGGGACAAAAUCACAUCUUUUAUUAAGUGAUUGAACAACAACAAAAAAUUUUUUUGCACUCAGAGCUAAUUUACUCAGACCAGUUGGAAAUAGUUUUGAAUCAGUAGCUUUUGGCCACUGCCACAAUUUGAAUUUAAUAAAAUUUAAAUAGAUAUCUAGAGCAAGCCUUUUGCUGGUUCAGAAUGAAGCCAUUGUUUCAUACAUUAGGGAAGAUGCUGUUUGACAGUGCAUGUAAAAUGAAAAGAAGCAUAUUCACUGGAACCAAACCUUUCCUCAUUCUAGUAUCUAGACAAUUAGUUCCAGUGUGCAAUUCUUCUGCUUUCACUGGGAAAUUUUGUUUGAAAAUCAUUCAUCCUUCUUAUAAAAUUACCAGCCAUUCAUAUCUCUCAUCUAACAUAGAAGCCAUGGGGUGAUAAAUAUCUACACACUGUUAGUUGUAGAUUUUACAAUCCAAUUUAUUGCAUGUGGUAUCCUUAUAGUGGAUAUUAAAAUAUAUCAUAAAGGCUAAUGUCUAACUCUCAUUUUUUUGGCCAAGAUCUCACAAAAUUAUGUUUUGAGAAAGCAUGUAUAAUUUAUUUCUUUGAUAAUUGGAAUCACAUACAAAAUAAUCAUUAGUGCUACAGUGAAAGCAAACUAAGGUAAUUACAUUAUCAUUAUUUUUUUUAAAUGUACUCCUGUCUUGACUAUUUUAAUACAGCACAAUAAGUGGGCAGUAUACAUUCAGUGGUCCUGAGAUUUAGGCCCUUACUACUUAAUAUUUCACAAAGUACAAAUGUAAUGUUAAUGACUGCUCCAAAUGAAAAUUAUAUAUAUAUAUUCUCCUAAUUUAUUAAUGUGUCUAUUCAUAUAAUGCAAUUACUUCCUUUUACAGUCAUUAGUUAUAUAAUCUUUGGAUUACCACCUUCUCAAAAAUAGACCCCCCCCCAAAGGGUGUUUUUUGUGUAUGUAAUCUUGGUUUUAAAAUUAAGUAAUAUGCUACACAAAUAAAUUUCUAGCCUAGGUUAUAAAAUUUAUGGAAAUUACCCAUGAAAAAAAGUAGAGUCAAUUGGAAAUGAUUAGUCUGUAGGAUAAUUUGAGCUAAAUGAUAAAGAAUCCAUUGACACAGACAGCAUGACACUUGGACCCUACUCUUCCAAGAUUUAGAAUUUCUUCUGUGUGGUAGAUUUUGCCUUCUUUAGUCUAGUACUAUGUGCAGGUGAAAAACAAUCAUAUUAUGUCUUAACAUUUGCAUAGAAAACACAUUACCAACAAAUGUACUUCUUUUAGUUUGUGGAAAAAAAUUAAUACAAAGGAAGGUAUAUAAACUGCAAUUUUGUAAUUCCAGAAUUGCUUUUUGUGGGCAACUUCUUUUGGAAUUUUGCCAUGAAGUUGUGUUCUCAGUGAAAAGGACUACUUGGUCAGUAUACACAGAGAAACAGAAAUCCCCAUAUUUAUGUACUCUAAAUGAAUUAUAAGGGUCACCUGCCUUUUUGUGUGUGGACAUGAGCCCAUUCUUUCUUACUCAAGAGUGUGAACCUUGAAAUAUCUCUACAGUUAUUCUCAGAGAAGAAAGCUUAAAUAGUUUUAUAAGUUUUGUGCAAAAAUCUUGAGACGCCAGACACAUUUUUAAGAUGGGAUUAAACCGUGGCAGCAAUGGAAAGGUCAAACAGAGUGAAAGAUUCCUUUUAUGUUUCCCUGGUGGUGGGGGGAACCUGAAACCUGAGGGCUUUGUAGUUUGUUCAGAGGCAAUAAACAGCUGGGAAGGUUUUUCUCCUGCUCUCCGUGAAUGUUCCCUGGCACCACCCAUCUCUCAGCAGGAAGUGGUGGGAAAUGAGAAAUAGCUUAUGGCUCAGAAUAUCUAAGCCCUGGUACCUUGAAAUGCUCUCCUUUCAUUCUUACUUUUUUUUUUGUCUUAGAUUCAUCACCAACAUACCCCAAAAAGCUUUUCUGUGAGCAACUCAUUCCGUUGAUGGCUAUAAACAUUUUCAUUUAUAAAUUGUCAAACAGUGCUUUAUUACCUCAAAUAAUAAGCAACCUAAAACUUAAGGCAAUGUUUUUCUUGUUGUUGUUUGUCUGUUUUUACCAUUUUUCUUUUUGCCCACUAACAACUUAUAUGAUAACCAUGAUUAUUAUUAUUUUAGGGAACUUUAUCACUUCAGAGGACAUUAUGGCACCAUUGUCAAUAACUUUUAUCACAACAGCAUUAGAUAGCUGAUGGCAUUAGGGUUACAUUCUUUCAUGGAAACUACACAGUUUCCAUUCUUAAAAAAUAUUAAAGAUUAGAAUUUAUAUUCAGAUAUCAUAUUCAUCAUAUUUUUCUUUAUGAAUUUAAGUGGGCACUAUUUUAAUUAUUUGAAAUUUAGAUGAAUAAGAAAAAAGUUUAAAAAUUACCUUUUAGUUGUAAAUUUCAGACACUUUUCCUCAAGGUUAAGUAUUAUGAUUCUGUAAAUAUUUGUAAAGGAAAAUUUUUCUUGUAAGAGAACUAUCCCUUGUAGGAAUUUCACAGAUACAGUAAGCUUUAUUUUAAUGUAUUUAAUUUUCUCUGACAAUAUCCCUAAUCUGAAAUCCUCAUGUUGAUUAAUACAAAUAACUUACAAAUGUAUCACUCACACAAUGGUUUUAGCCUAAGCAUAUAAAAUCAAUCCUCUCUGUAAACAGAACUGUGUAUUACUGGAAUAAACUACCUAGCUAUAAACAGGGGUGCAGAAGUUGAAAACCAACCACUGUUUGAAGUCACUCAAAAUGCCCAUAGUCUCAGAAGAAUCAAGUAUUUGAAUUUUAUAAACAAAAAUUCUAUGAAAAAGAAAGAUAUGAUUUAAUUUUAAGCCACUGCAGGAUUUCUCUCAGAAGAACCAUCUUGAGAGAAACACAUCUCACAGACCACAGGGUAUGUGAGAAAUGGACAGAAUGAAGGCAACAUGCAGAACAGUGAUGCUUGCUCUUCAUAGCAAUCAGAAGUGCACAUAAUUACUAUGAGUUAGUAAUCUGAUCAGUCAAAUCCCAUUCCACAAACUUAAUGUAUAGCUCAAGAAACAAUGCUUGAUAUGGAGAGAGAGAGAGAGAAAGAGAGAGAGAGAGAGAGAGAGGGAGAGAGAGAGAGAGAUUGAGAGAGAGAGAGAGGUAGGUAGGCCUAAUAGUGGCUAGACAAGGAGACUAGGAUUCCACACUCUGGAGAUGAGCAAACAUGACAUAAUUUACUUCUUUCCUUUACUUAGACAUUGUUACUUUAGCUGUCAGAGGCAGUACAUGAACCACACCCACAAAUCUCCACUCCUGGGCACAAAGACCAGUGUCACCUUCACUGCAGAUGACAAAAAACAUUGGUUCCCUUGCCUUCUCUCAUAUGCCCCAACCAAGACACAUGCUCACAUUCACAGACUGACUCUUACCUUUGACUUUUGACUCACUCUAUUUUCAACGAAGUAUCACUUGUCUUUUUAGAAACACAAAUGUUAUUUUAGUAUUUAUCACGUAUGAAUCUCAAAAAUAUACUAGAUUAUACAUUAUAUGUUUGCUUCCUAUAAAUCUUUAUUUAACUAAUUUUAUGUACUUUCCAAGGUGUUCUACUGUGCAUUAUAAAGGUAUAGCAUUUGUGGUUGUUCAAAUAUAAUGAUUAUGAUCAUUUUGAUAAAAUUCACCAGACAUUGAACUCUAAGAAAUGAAAUACCUAUUACAAAAUUGCUUCAGUUGGAGAACAUAUGACCUACUACAUCUUAUUAUUAGUUGCAAUCUAUUCCAAAUAAAUAAUAGUCUGGGAGCAUCCGGACUUAAAUACUAUUUGAAACACAACUUCCAAAUGAAAUGCAAAGUAAAACAUUGUCCAUGGAAAGUAAAUAUGAAUUUCUGACAGAGCAUAAAAUAAUAUUGAGACAAUAAUAAAAUUAAGAAAUUUAAUUGUUUUAAAAUCUGUGUGUGAUUUUUACCCUUCAGUAAAAAUGCAUAGUUGAAUUUCUUGCUCCUAAAUUUUUCAUUUUAUAUAUACUCCAAUCUUUAAAAGAUAUACAUAAUCUGUUGAUGAUAAUGUCUUAUAAGUCCAAGAAAUUCACAAGUGGAAUUACUACAAAGAAGAACAUAGUUGUACAACAUUAAAACCUGCCUUGUUACUUUAAAAAGGGCAAAACAGCUAAAGUAUUACUCUACACCACAACUCUGCAUGAAUGAAGUUUUGAGCUAAUUCAAUGACUUUACCCAUAAGUUAGUUGACUUUCCUAGAACUGUAAUAGUAAGUGAUUUUCUUACAUUUUUUGUUAUGUGAUGAAUGUAACUUUGUGAUUAACCAGAAUUCUGACAAUCAUAUCUUGCUAACCUAUAAAUGUUAACUUCUUCCAUCACUUAUGAGCUUGCAAUUUUCAAAAUAAAGUGAAAGAGAGCCCUUUAUAAAUUGUAAGGUUACUGAGAAUUUAUUACACAUUUCCGGUAUUCCCCUAACAUUAUCAUAUUAUAGUUUCCUUGGGUCGAAUAUGCUUGGAAUGAAUUGUAGAACAUUAGUAUUGAUGAUAUUAUUACAACCAAUAUGUUGACGUCUAUUUUCAAGUGAAAAGACACACAGAAAGCAUAAAUGAGUUACACGUUGUGAUAUAAUUAGAUUUUGUGUUUUCUUCUGCCUUUGUAUCCACCCAUUAAUGGUAAUGAAAAUUAGUUAAAAUGCAUAUUUGGCAGCAAGAUUUUACGUCAAAAUUGAAAUUUACUCAACAAUGACUGUCCUGCAGUGAUGUGAUCCAUUUUCCGUUUGACAAUUCUUCUCAAUGACAGCAGUCUUUGUCAUUUUAAUGUAGAUCUGUCUAGAUAAACAUUUGCUGAGCCUCUUUCUCAAAACUUGGUGGUUAAAUAUCAACUGAGCCUUCUGGGUAGUUUACCAAAUGAUUUUUUUAAAAUUAAUAUUUACCCUCCUUAAGAAAGCAUACCCUUAAAGAAAGGGUAAAAUUUCUUAGUCCUGGAGAAAACAAACUGCAUUGUAGACCCAGAUCACACAGUCAGUAGUGUUAAAGUUCCCUUGAUGGGGAGGUAUAGCCACACAAACUUGUAAAAUAAAAAUUAAAAAAUAAAAAAUAACUAGGACCUUUUGAUGCUAUACGGUUUAGAAAAAAUCUUCAAGAGUGGAGUGAUAAUGAAAAUAUUCUUUCUAAAUAGUGAAUGAAAUAGAUUAUUCUGAAUAUCAAUUUGAGCCAUUUUCAUAAGAAAUUAAUGAUGUAAAAUUGUGGUGUUUCUUUCCCUUUUGUCACAAUUAAGAUCAUGCAGAAUUUUUUGCUGGGAAAAGAAUAUUUAUGAAUAAUGUAAUGGUUUAUAUAAGCUUAGGGCUGACAUCAAAGACAAUAUUUAAUAAAUACAUGCCACAGGGCACAGCCCCAAAGCAAUUACUCUGCUAUUUUUGUAACAUACAAACAAACCAGCUAUCUCUGUUUCCAUGUUACUCAAAAAAUGUUAGACAAAUUGAUCUAAUUUUGGAAUCCAUAUGGUGACUUAUUAAAAUUAAUGUUUGAGCAAGAACUGGCUAGAAUAUUUAACAUUCAUGGAAAUGUGAAUUGUUCUACUAUUUAGGCAUUUUAGGCUAUCUGGCUGUUGAUUGAUACUGAAUAUGAUCUCUAAGUCUAGUCAAUCACUAAAUGCUUAGUGAGUUCUUGCUACCUCCAACACACAAAUAAAGGACAUGCAAUAUCUUCUG